GCGCCUGAAUCAGUUGUUCACCAUUUCUCCUGAUACAUGAUGUAGGAAUAUGUCGAACUACAUUCUUAAGGCUUUUAACGCGAGUCUCGUCAGUAUUGUAGGUUUGCUUUAUAGCUGUUUAAGUAUGUUGGAGAUGGUCUUGUCUACACCAUUCCCAGUAUCGCUGUUACAAAACUUACAAGCGAGGUUUUGUAAUCGAGAUUUCUGUCCAAUGGGAGCGCGGCGUUUGCCGGUCACGUGACGAUAUUUUUAUGUAACACGCUGGCACGCGCAACCGUAUCCGCCGAGUUGUGCUCUCGCUGGAACUGUCGGGGUUUUCGUAGCUGCUAUGGUUGGUCUCGCCUCUACGUAACGUCCCGCAGGAGGAGGCAGCAAGACAUGUCGGUGCAGAAGCCCGGCCAGAGCUCCCCUCUGGAGGAGCGCGCGGGCUUUUUCAUAUCGGCCGAGCGCGAGGGCGCGUGCGGCGCGGAGGACGGCGUGGGGCACCGGAGACUUGUGCUGCUCAGAGCGGACGUGCUGGCAUCCGACAGCCGUCUGAAGGAAGCCAUCGGCAUGUUUACGGCGGCCCUGCGGGACGAGCGCGUCCGCCCGGAGCAGCUGAGCACUCUGGUCGGCUCCAUCCUGCGGAACUUCCAGAAGCAGGCGGAGGAGCGAGCCCCUCUGGGGAGGGAAAGUUGUGCGCGCGGGUCCGAGCCCAGCGAAUUUGACUGCCCCGCGUGCCGCAGGUUUCUGGGGGAACCCGUUACCGUCGCGUGCGGGCAUUCGUAUUGCAGAGGCUGCUUGCAACAAGGGCUGCUCUCCAAAUGCAAAGUGUGCGACGAGGAGCUGGAGACGAAGCCCGCAGACUUCCGACUCAAUGUGCUUUUAACUGGACUUGUAGAAAAGUGGUUCCCAGAGGACAUCAAACAGACGAAAACGGUAGCGGAGGCCGAGGGCCUGCUGAGCAGCAGACGGUUCCGCCAAGCUGUGUCACUGGCGAGUGAACUGUUAGAAUCCGACUCUAGUAAUGUGAGGCUGCGGAUGUGUCGAGCAGAGGCAUAUCAUGGCCUGCAGUGCUACGAUCGAGCCCUGGACGACUGGACGGCAUGUCUGAGUGUUGCUCCGUCUCUCCAGGGGUAUUUCUGCAAAGCCAAGGUUCUCCAGGAGAUGGGGAGACUGGAUGAAUCCCUGCAGCUCUUCCUUCAGUGCCUUGCCGUGGAUGAGAGUUUCCAACAGGCCAAGCAAGAAGUGGAAGGGAUUCUCCAUGGCUUGCUGUCCCCAACCUGUGGGAGUAUAGCGGGCGCUGGGAGAGACUCCACCCAGAAGCCGUCCACACAGCUACUCCCUGAGACCCAGCAGGUGCUCGGCCAGACCUCCUGUGUGCAGAAGCUCAGCAGGCCAGAGAGUCUGGAGAGGUCUGGUCUGAACCGAGCCCACUCCUUACGGGUUUACGGUCUGGGUGGGGCUGAGAAGGAGGGGCUUAAGCGGGUCUGCUCCGCCCCUCAGCUGGGUGACCAGGAGAAGGGCACACUGCUAAAGAGGAAGCUGUCUGGCACAGAGGCGUGGCCUGGCCUGCCCAGCUGCCAUGGCAACAAGCACAAGAGACAAGGAGAGACUGCCACUGUAGCCCCGAUGGUCACCGAGGAGACCAAAGUCCAUCGAACAGUGCCUAGACACCUGCUGGACCCCACUGACUUUGAGUGUUCGUUGUGCAUGAGACUGUUCUAUGCGCCAGUGACGACGCCGUGUGGACACACGUUCUGUAAGAGUUGCCUACAGCGAUGCCUGGAUCACAGUCCUCAAUGUCCCCUCUGUAAAGAGAGCCUCAAAGUGUACCUCGCCCGAAGGACAUACUCCUCCACCAGGCUGUUGGAGAAUAUUAUUAGACAGUACCUGCCUCAGGAGUACUCGGGGAGGCACAGACUCUACACUGAGGAAACUAAAGAACUCUCUGAUCUGCAGAGGAGCGUUCCGAUCUUCGUGUGCACGAUGGCGUACCCCACUGUGCCGUGCCCUCUGCACGUGUUUGAGCCCCGUUAUCGCCUCAUGGUCCGCCGCUGCAUGGAGACGGGUACACGCCAGUUUGGCAUGUGUAUCCAUGAUGCCCGCAAAGGCUUUGCGGACUAUGGCUGCAUGCUCCAUAUCCGGAGCGUGCACUACCUGCCAGAUGGACGCUCCGUGGUGGACACAAUCGGAGGGAAGAGGUUCCACGUUCUGUCCCGGAGCAUGAGGGACGGAUACUGCACUGCACAUGUGGAGUAUCUGCAGGACCAGAGAGUGGUAGAUGAGGGAGAGUUGGCUCGCCUGCAGGAGCUCUAUGAUCAAGUCUACAGCCAGGCCCGUGUGUGGUUCCACACUUUGGAGAACCGCUUCCGGAACCAGAUCCUACAGCACUUUGGUCCAAUGCCUGAGAGAGAAGACGACAUCCAGGCACCCCCUAAUGGUCCAGCCUGCUGCUGGUGGCUGUUAGCUGUUCUGCCGGUGGAUCCACGCUAUCAGCUUUCUCUCCUCUCCAUGACGACGCUGAAGGAGAGACUCGUCAAGAUCCAACACAUCCUCACCUACCUGCAGAACACGCACAGUCCAUAGAGUUCUCACACACACAGUCCUCUCUUGUCUCAGAACCACCCCAGCCCAGGUUUAAUAUUGAUGUUAGUUAGCUGUUACUACGUUGGUGGUCAGAUAGCAUGUGUUAGCUCUGAUCUGCACGAAUGCAGAAUGACCUGUUUGCUAGUUCUGUGACUUUAUAUAUAUAUAUAUAUAUUUACACGUGUGCGUGCGUGUGUGUUCUGAGGGAGCCAUCCCAUGUCUUCGUCCUGUCAAAAAGUGACAGGACUUUAACGAUUCGUACAACAGCUUUCUGUACAUGUGAGGAUUUAACUGUCUGUGUAAGACAUCCCCAGUGUGCUGGAAUUCCCUCUGUCUAUGUA